GAUACGUGUUAUAAAAGAUUGAAUCCUGAGUUAAUUGUACUUUGAAUUAGGAUAUAUUACUUUUUGAAGCUUUGCAAUUUCACGUAUUAAAAACUAGCUAUUUAUUACUACUGUCCCAACAUAUUACGUGUUAUUCUUCUUUGUUUAUAUUUUUAUUUAUAUGCGUUAAUCUCUAAGUACGUUAUAUGAUUGAUGAUCAAUUCACAAAUGACCUAUCGAAUGACUCCAGAGGAUAUUACAUUCUAUAUAUCAAAAUCAAAAUAUGAGAUAUAAGAAUACAUAUUGCUUUAACUAUCAUUUUCCUAAGUUUUACGAUGCACUCUACUUAUAUUAUCGCUUUGAUUUCCCAGUUAGUUUAGUUAGUAGUGGCACGUGACGAAUCAAAUGGACUUGCCUCAUGUUCUAUAGCUACGUACAAAUAAUCAAUAACCGCUGUUGCUACAGAGUUCAGAUGGCAGUAGGACAACGUAGUGGUGAUACAUGAAAUCAAACAAAAAUGGAAAAACUAGGAGUUUCGAUGAUAAUGGAUAUUUCUUAACGGCAUAGUGAAAAUGCAAGAAUUAUAAUAAUAAACUUUAGUGAACGAUCAUUCGUUCUCGCGAUUGCAGCAUCACAAGUACGUUAUAAAUAUUACACCGCUUCAGAUGGUCUUAUGGUGUAACGAAUAAUGAUCGGAGGAAACUAAGAAAAUUGAAGGAAAAAGAAAAAAUGGAGCAACAGAAUGAAUGUCCUAUUCAAAGAGGACAACCAAUACACCGUUACCCCAAUGAAUACAAAAUGGAAGGACACUCAUCUUCAUUGAACAAAGCAGUGACAAAUCAGUCUCAAUACUUGAACACAGGGAGACCCACCGUACACAUAGCCGUGUACCUGAUGACGGGAGUAUUCUUGAUCAUGGAAGUUGACCAAAACGCGACCACGCAGCAAAUCUUCACGACCGUACAAUCUGAAGCUGAACUAGGCCUGACGAGAUUAGCUUUGGUAACUGCCACCCCAGUGUUCGCAUUGUGGAUGUGCUCUUCGCAGCUGGAGGUGCAGCUGCGUCCAACACAUAAGCCAGUAGAGUUGGCCGCCAAAUGGAGCUACCUGGUGAACAAAUAUAGCUCACAUGGAGAAGAUUCCGAUAACGAGGAGCCCUUGCUAUACUUUCGCAGGAACAUCUUUCUCACAAGAGCGGAGGAGGAGCAGAUUAAGGACAUCAAAGUGCUCGAGCUGCUCUACGCGGAGGCCAGACACAAUGUUCUGCAAGGACGAUACGCAUGCGAUGGUCCUGCGCGUUACGCCACUCUGGGAGCCUUACAAGCUCGCAUCGAGCUCGGGCCGUACAACGCGCAAACCCACACUCUAGCAUUUUUCCGGAAACACCGGGGCCGAUUUUUACCACAUCAUCACGCAUCUCCCAGCAUUUGGCUGGGCCUGGGGCUUGGACUUGGGUUGGUAGGUGGCAAGGGUGCACCUGAGGCUCACCUCUUUGAGCAAUACAAGCGAAUACCGAACAGUCACAACGGCAGCACAUCCAACGCGAACCCAAGGAAGCUGAUUAGAAAGUAUCUCGAGUUCUGUUGGAAUUUACCGUGCUACGGGGCGGCCUUCUUUCAAGGUCAGAUCGAACGGCCAGUGAGAGGCCUCGCAUCGUGGAUCACUAAUCGCGAUCAACAGAUCCUCAUCGCGAUCAACACAUCGGGGGUGUAUAUAGUCGAUGAUAUGCAGUGUAGUUUGCUAUUGGGACUAAAAUAUUCAGAACUGAGUUGGGAAAUGGCAAAGCCUUCGGACGAAAACAAUCCAAACUGUCUGCCUUGUUUGUUUCUGCAGUUUCCGGUGCGUGAGAAUGGAACACGAGUUUACAAAAUCUUGCAAGUGUUCUCAAGACAGGCGAUAAUGAUGGACACCUUAAUCUCCGGCUUCGCGGAUGAUUAUCGUCUGCGUCAGCUUGCUAGUAGCGAGGGCAACAGUGACCUGUUGGAUUAUCCACUAACCACUGCCACCGGGAGCUUCACGAAUAAACUCAGUAAAUUCACCCUGGCUACUUUCGACGACGAAGGUAGAUGCAUCGGUCAAAUGGGCUCAUGGUCCUUUCAAUGAAUGACUACUCAACGAUACGUACCAAAAAUAAUAUAAAUCGCAUUAUUAUAC